CUCCGGGGGACUUGACUCCUCGACUUGAUCCUGCCUCUGCAUUCCGUUGUCCACAGUAGAAAUGAAGUCACCGGAGCCAUCAUCUUCAUCAUUACCACUCGAGCCACCAUCCUUACCGGACUGGGACACACAUCGGAUAACCUACGACGUGUUCUUGAGCUUCCGAGGUAACGAUACACGCAGGACCUUCACGGACCACCUCUACGCGGCACUAGUUGGUGCCGGAGUCAGGACGUUUAGGGAUGCCGAGGGACUAAGAAGAGGGGAGAACAUAUCAGAGGAAUUGGUGCGGAUAAUCCAAGAGUGUAGGAUCUCUCUCAUCGUCUUCUCAGAGAACUAUGCGGAUUCAAGUUGGUGUCUUGAGGAGCUGGUGCAGAUCAUGGAGUGUAGACGAACACUGGGGCAGUUGGUUUUCCCAAUUUUCUAUCAUGUUGAUCCUUCGGAUGUCAGGAAGCAGAAGGGUAGUUUUGGUAAGGCAUUUGAGAAACAUGAAGCUAGAAAUCAAGUACCCAGCUGGUGGAGAAGAGCAAUUAUCCAAGCAGGAGUACUUAUUGGACGAACGGUUACUGAUGAUGUACGAAAGAAAUAUGAAGCUAGACAGCAGGGUACAGAAAAGAUAGCGAGGUGGAGAGCUGCUCUUAACGGAGCUGCAAAUUUGGCCGGCUUCGAUAUUGCUGAUAGGCCUGAAGCAGAGUUUAUCAAAAGCAUUGUUGACGAGAUCUGCAGACAGCUGACCACCCCAUGCUUGAAUUUAGCUGCCUACCCAGUUGGAAUAGAUUCUCGUGUUCAAGAUAUUAGUAAAUGUUUAGAUGUUGGAUUAGAUAAUGAUGUUCGCAUGGUUGGAAUUUGGGGUAUGGGUGGAAUCGGCAAAACAACAGUUGCCAAAGCCAUCUAUAACAAAUUUUAUCAUGACUUUGACGGUAGAUGUUUCCUAGAAGAUGUUAGGGAAACUGCAAAGGACUCAAAUGGUAAGAUUAUCUUGCAAGAAAGACUUAUUUAUGAUGUCUUAAAACCAACCAAGAUACCGGUAGGUGGUGUUUCCAGAGGGAUCAAUGUGAUACAAGAACGACUUGGAAGCAAAAAGGUACUUGUCAUUGUUGACAAUGUAGAUCAUGAGGAUCAAUUGAAUGCAUUGGCGAUAAGGCAUGAUUCCUUUGGUCCGGGAAGUAGAAUUAUUAUAACAACAAGAGAUCGACAUUUGCUAGAACUAGUGGAAGUGGAUACCAUACAUCUGACUCAAGGAAUGAAUGAAGAAGAAGCUCUUGAGCUCCUCAGUUGGCAUGCCUUUCAAAAUUCUUCUCCUAAUGAAGACUAUAUCAAACUCUCAAGAAGAGUGGUUACUUACUGUGGAGGUUUACCACUGGCUCUAGAAAUUUUAGGGUCUUUCCUCUUUGGAAGGAGCAUAGGAGAUUGGAAUAGCACACUGAAGAAAUUGGAAAAAAUUCCUGAUGGCAGAAUUCAGUCAAGGCUCAGAAUAAGCUUUGAUGCAAUUGAUGAGAGCCAGAGGAACAUAUUCCUUCAUAUAUGUUGUUACUUCAUCGGAAUGGACAAGAACUAUGUCAUAAAUAUACUGAAGGGCUGUGGUUUUUCUCCAGAAAUAGAAAUCAGUGUCCUGCUCCAACGUUGCCUUGUAACUGUUAGUGAGAAAAACAAGCUCAUGAUGCAUGAUUUGCUUCGAGACAUGGGCAGAGAAGUUGUUCGUGAAGAAUCCCCAAACCACCCUGAAAGACGUAGUAGAUUGUGGCGUCAAGAAGAUGUAUUAGAUGUUUUGACAGAUGAAUCUGGAACUGAAGAGACUGAAGGACUCGCUCUAAAUAUGCAAAGAUCUGACAACUUGAAUUUCAGUACAGAAGCAUUUAGAAACAUGAGGAGACUGAAAUUGCUCCAACUCAACCAUGUACAACUCACUGGAGACUGCAACCAGUUUCCCAAAAAGUUAAGAUGGCUCUGCUUGCGAGGAUUCUCUCUGCAGGUCAUACGAAAUGAAUUUCUUAAUGAACCAGACCUCGUUUCUAUUGACCUGCGGUACAGCAAUCUCGUACAAGUUUGGGAGGAUUCCAGGCGGCUUGGGAAAUUGGAGAUACUUAAUCUCAGUCAUUCACAUUACCUAAGACAAUCACCAGACUUUUCACAACUCCCAUAUCUAAAGUACUUGAUCCUUAAAGACUGUGUAAGUUUGCCAGAAAUUGACAAGUCCAUUGGGUUUCUAUAUGGACUUGCUUUGCUAAAUCUUAAAGGCUGCACAAUGCUCAAGGACCUUCCGGAGGACUUUUAUAAGUUGAUUCAUGUUAAGACUCUUGUUCUUUCUGGUUGUUCGAGAUUUGAGAAUUUGAGCAAGCAUAUAGGAAAAAUGAUUUGUUUGAAAACUCUUGUUAUAAGUGGCACAGCCAUAAGUGAAGUACCAUCCUCUGUAGAUAAGAUGAGGAACCUGGACUUUUUAUCUCGACAAGGCCUGAAGGGACUAAAACGACGUUCCCGGGAUGGGACAUUAGUACCGCAAGGAUGCAUGAGACAUCAGGACCUAGCCAAUCCAAUCGAGUAUGAAUUCUGAUCAGAGAAUUAGCAGAGAAAAUAAGCUGAAAGUGAAGUAUUGAAGGAAGCUGAUAGGGUGAUGCGCCUCAGAUUGUUAACGUUAGAUCUUUUCUCUGACUCUUGGUGUUAUGUUGCUGUCAUGGGAGGAGCCGAUACCCUUCUUUUUCCUCAUAUCAGACUCAUGAUUUUCAUUUUCCUGUGCAGUAUUAACCUAUAAUUUCUCUGAGCAUGUAUUAAUAAGGACCGGAGUCACCGGACAUUCUAUCUACACUCAUUAGUUGUUCUAACGCCAUUCCUUAUUGGAAAAGUGGGAAAGAUGGUCUUGUAAGGAUAAAAAGUUUGACCUGUACGUGAUGUCAAUAUAAUCAUGUAUAGAGUUUGUAAAUUUGUUGAGUGCAUGCAUAUAUGAAU